AUGGCUACACGAACCUCCUCACGCCAUGCGGCUCAGAAGGCCAAGGAAGCUAUUGCAAGCUCUGCUGAACCAUCUGCAGGUCCUUCCCGGGCCACCAAGCGAAAGGCCGCGACCGAGAAAGCUCCAAAAGCAAAGAAAGAGAAAACCGAGGAUAUCAAAAAGGAGGACCUGAAACUGGAACAAAAACCAGAAGAAGUGGUACCGAGCACAAUGCCAAUUGGUCCUCCUACGCCAGAGUCAGUCAAAUCACCAGGCGCAAUGGACAAGCCGCUUGAAGCGCAGCCCAACGAAAAGUCCUCGAAGCAACCUGAAAGCAUUGAAACAGGCCUUCAUGACACCGAGGAGAGAGAAAAUAGGGUACCCUCAAAUAUUCUCGAGAAGGGUUUCAUCUACUUCUUCUUCCGACCACGCGUCAAUAUAGAGGAGCCCCACAGCAUUGGUGACAUCGCCCGGAGCUUCUUUGUACUACGCCCAACCCCAUUAGGCGCCGAAUUCGAUCAUGGCCAAGGCCCAGUGGCUAAAGAGGCCCGCUGUCGCUUGAUGAUGCUCCCAAAGAAGAAGUUCCCAACUUCCGGCAAAGAGAGAGACAUGGGCUUUGUCGAGAAGGCUGGUCAAUCUAUGCAAGAACUUCAUGAAAAUUUCAUUGCCGGAAAGACAUACCAGACUAAGACCAUGGGUGAACGGCAUACGGAGGAAGCCAGACCUUAUGCGGAAGGUGUCUACGCGAUUACCUCCACACCGCGAGCCUCCCAUCUCGCGUAUAUCCUUACUAUUCCUGCUGAACUGGGAACUGUUCAAGAGGAGUUUGGUCUUGGUGAGCGCGGGAGCUGGCUUGUUCAAUCGAAAAGUCCUAAGUACCCCGGUCCGCCGAUUGGGCAGUUGCCAGAGGAUCCAGAGUACCCCCCUUCUGUCCUCGAUAAAUUUGGAGAUCUUCGAUGGGUACCCCUCCAACCAGAGUUCUUGGACUAUCCCAAUGCCCAAUUUCUUAUGAUCGGCGAGGCACAGAACAGCCUUGGCAAAGCCGCGACUUCACAGGGUGAGAAAUUACCCCACGAAGAGGAGCCCGGCGAAGAGUUGGAGAAGUUGGAGGGUGAAAAUGAGGAGCGAAUCAGUGCUCUACAGGGAGAUGCAACUGUCUACCAGGACCUGGGGUUCGACGCGAACAGUUACCCGAAACUGCCAACGACCUGGAACAAUUGA